AUGGAAAAUCAGAAACACUUACCAGUGAGAUACUGCAAGAACCAGCAAGCUCCCAGGGACAAGAAACCCCGCAUUCGUGACUGUGGAGAACUAUGCACCACCGAGUCAGACUGUCAAGCACAUGAGAAAAUUCACACUGCUGAGAAGGUACACAAGUGUACUCGGCGUGGUAAGGCCUUGGGUGAGAGCUCAGCGCUACAGCACCAUCAGAGAGACCCCAAGAAAGAGAAAUCCUACCAAUGUGAACAGUGUGGGAAAGGCUUCAUGAGAAGCUCAAGUCUCUUCAUCCAUAGAGCUGCUCACACAGAUGGGAAGCCCUUCAAAUGUGACAAGUGUGGGAAAGGCUUCACCAGGAGUUCAAGUCUACUCAUUCACCACACGGUUCAUACGGGAGAGAAACCUUUUAGGUGUGACAAGUGUGGGAAAGGCUUCAGUCAGAGCUCCAAGCUGCACAUUCACCAGCGUGUGCACACUGGUGAGAAACCCUACGAGUGUGGGGAGUGUGGGAUGAGCUUCAGUCAGCGCUCCAACCUUCACAUCCAUCAGCGAGUCCACACAGGAGAAAAACCCUACAAGUGUGGAGAAUGCGGGAAGGGCUUCAGUCAGAGUUCUAACCUUCACAUCCACCGUUGCAUCCACACAGGAGAGAAGCCCUAUCAGUGCGGUGAGUGUGGGAAAGGCUUCAGCCAGAGCUCAGACCUCCGCAUCCACCUCAGAGUCCACACAGGAGAGAAGCCUUACCUCUGUGGCAAGUGUGGGAAGGGAUUUAUCCAGAGCUCCAAACUCUUCAUCCACCAGAGAGUCCACACUGGAGAGAAACCCUAUGAGUGCAGCAAGUGUGGGAAGAGCUUUAGCCAGAGCUCCAAUCUCCACAUCCACCAGAGGAUUCACAAGAAAGAUCCCCAUUAAAUGGUACCAUUUAUCAUGGU